GACCAGGUGUCACGAUUCGGGAGUUAUCAUUAGUCAGAAUGACAACAUUCCAUCCAAGACGGGAUUGACCUUGGCCCCGGAAGCACUCGGCUCCUACAACCAACAAUCAGCAGCACUGCAGAGGAUCGUCUCAGCCUUAGCUCCUUCCCUAGCCACCGUCUGUUCCCUGGGAACUAAAAAUAAACCCUCUUCCUCACGCCAGCACUGUCAAGUACGGACAGCAAACACAAGAACAAACACACAACUUGCCGCCGAUCCCGACCUCACGUCCCACCACCCGCAUCUCCCCAAACAUCCGCACCGAUGUCGUCGCAGCAGCCCUCCCCAGGCCCGGCGGGGCCCAUCCCCGAGGAAGAGGUCAUCACGAGCAUGGGCACCUCAGCAGCCCUCGACAUAUCCGACGUCCCCGCCGGCCCGGCAACGACCAACGGCACCCUCAGCACCGAGGAGGCCAUCGUGCACAAGCUGGUGGCAGCCGCGCACGCGGCGAUCGCAAAGGUGGACAAGACCAACCAGACGACCCACCAGGUCGGCGCCGCGGCCCUCAGCGCGGACGGCCGCACCAUCUUCACGGGGAUCAACGUCUCGCACUUCAACGGCGGGCCCUGCGCGGAGCUCGUCACCCUCGGCGCCGCGGCGGCGGGCGGCUGCGGCGUCGCCGGCGCGCUGACGCACAUGGUCGCCGUGCGCAACGACGGCGUCACGGUGCUGAGCCCCUGCGGGCGGUGCAGGCAGGUGCUGAUGGACCUGCACCCUGACAUCCGCGUGAUCGUGGAUACGAGGCCGAGGGGGCUGGUGGCUGGGGAGGCGGCGGUGGCGGAUGCGAAGGGGGGCGUGGCUGAGUGGGAUGGGGGAUUGGGCAGCCUGCGGGUCGUGUCGAUGGAUGAGUUGUUGCCGUUUGCUUAUCGCAAGUCGGACUGGUCUGGUGCCCCGUCUCGAUAGGGAUCCGAGGUGGUGUGGGUGUGCCGGCGGUUCAUGCCAUGACCGGCAUUGUGAUGGUUCACUGGAUGGCGUAAUGCUUAAAGCAGAGGAUUUUGAUUUGCUAGGUUGCUAUGGCGUUCCCAUGGAUAAGACGCAGGUGAGCAUAGAGGUAGACUGAGCCUAGAGAUGGCAUGUAGACUCAAAGAAGACAUCUUCAAUGUGCAAUGACGGGCGGUGUAGGCUCUACGGGUUGAUGAGGAUGGGGUCGUCGAGGAGUCUGGUCACACCCGUGAUGGGCACAUGUUUCUAAAGCACGCAAG